AUGAAGUCAGCAAAAUGUAUCGUAGAGCUUUGUGAACAAAUUCAGUCACUUGGCCAGUAUGCAAGAUUUAAUCCAAACUUUUUGUUAUUUACAAAAAGUAGCUCGACACUCUUCCACUCUGGUUUAGUUAGCAACAAAGAGUCUUCCACACUUGAUAAUGUUCUAUCAAAUUUCAACAUGGUCCGUGUUAAUGUUCCACCAAAUGGUAACUGUUUCUUCCUGGCUAUGGCAUAUGCAAUAGUCAAUAGCAUUAUUCCAAAUAAAGCAAUAUCAAAUGAUUUAGUCAGCCAUCUGGAGUCACUUAGACUAAUGAACUGCAAAGACACAAAUGAAAUGAGCCAUAAGCUGCGAGAAUUAAUAGUACAUGAGUGGAUCUCUCACCCAGAGGAUUACCAGCCUUUCCUUGGUGUUUGACAAUUGUUAGACCAUGAAGCAUCUUUAUUUCUUAAUGAUGGUCAUCUCGCAUCAGAGUUCGGCAAUUGCAUGGCACUUGCAAUGGCAAAUUCACUCAAUCUUCCAAUUGUAGUAAUCACACAAACGGAAAGUAUGUCAGUUGUCCCAGUUACACUAAGGGAAACUCUUCAGUGCCUACCAAUCUUUGUCGCAUUUGAUCAUGCAGGUGUGGGUCACUAUGAUGCUGUAGCACACAGUACAAGCCAUUCAGUGGUCAAUGAAACACAAUCAUGUUCAGUCAGCAGCAUAGCUACCAAUCCUGAAUCUUGUCGUUGUGGUUAAGGUGCAAGAAAAAAAGAAUCCAAUAUCACCUCUUGUGAUAACUUCAAAAAAAGGUGCAAGUGUUUUCAAAGUGUGAAAGGUUGUAAUGACAACUGCCAGUGUCUUGGGUGUGAAAACCCAUAUGGAAAAAAGGCAAAAGCAGAAUACAAUAGUUAUCCAUCCGAAACAAGUAAAAGAAAACGACGAGCACAGGAAAUGACAACAGAGAGUAUGUCUAGAAAACACUUUCUGCUUAAAAGACCCUGCUUGGAGAGUGUUAGCAGAUGGACACUUCUUGAAGAGCUAGCCCUUAUCCAGAUUGUACAGUCCUCAUUUACUGCAGCUGGCAGUGAUAUUGAUAUUGAUGUCAUUGCGAUGCAAUACUCGCAGCUGGUUGAUAACUCUGGAAUUCAUCCCAAGUCUCAAGCUCAAAAUUCUGGAAAGGUAAUUUCUUUUAUGAAUGACUAUAGAGUUUAUAAGGCGUUGUUGAAGGAGUAA